AUGUCUCUUGCCAAAGCGGAGCUUGUUGCCGAGACAUUACUCUCGCCCAUCGGCCUCGAGCUAAUUUCUUGUAGGGUCCUCCAGACCCUCUGGGCAGGCUAUGGCCAUAUAUGCGCAAUCACAGCGAAGGCUUCGGGAAACCAUACACCUCUUCACUCGAACAUUCAUUCUUGCAAACUAGAAGAGGAUGCGAACGGUCACCUCCACCUCAUUCUCAAACUCAUAUCGCCCCCAAAGAGCGAUGGCGAUGAAGGCCACCUGCGUAAAUUGCUCAGCUACGAAGUUGAGCAAUAUUUCUACCAAGAAAUCACUCCAUCGUUAGACCAGGAUGUUGCCGUUGCGAGUUGCCUAGCUUCCACGGGGCACCUGCAACAAGACAAGAGCAAGGUACUCCAGGGCUUGACUGCCACCAUUAUGGAGGAUCUCCGUCCAAAGUUCCCUGUUGCAGGGGAAAAGAGAGCGCUUCUCAACCACCAACAGGUCUACGCCGCCAUCGACUGGCUGGCAAAGUUCCAUGCCAACACCUGGAGACUGCUUCCAGAUGACCUCGAUACAUAUCUCCUGCCGCCGCUGAAGGAGAUGCAGAGAAGGAGAGCUGACCCAGCUGCAGGCGGUGAUAAACUCUGGUUAAAUGGUGGCUACACCUACCUCGCGACUCGGCAGAAGGAACUGGCCUCGUUAGUAGAAGAUCCAGACUCUGAGUGGUCUGCUGCGCUCUGCGAGCCGCUGCAAGGCUCGGCGUUGUCGAUUGCUGAUCAGGUGGCUGAUUUUCUCACCCCAUGCGGCCGGCCCUAUGAAAGUUAUAUCCACGGUGAUGUCAAAUCUGAGAACCUCUUUACUACAAGCUCAGGGGAUGAAGUAGCCUUUUUUGACUUUCAAUACGUUGGAUUGGGCUUGGGGGUUUGCGACCUUGCCAAGCUGUUUACGUGCUCCGUACCGUUGGACAUGCUCACCGACGACUACGAUGUCCCUGAAGCGCUCGCCAUGGAUGAUGGUGAAAGGGCCUUGCUGGAGCGCUACCGGGAAACUCUACUGGCCCGUCGCCCAUCGAGAAUGAAAGAAUUCGAUUAUCCCAUGACCCUUCUGAUCCGCCACUGGGAGACUGCGCUUGUGGAUUGGUGUCGUUUCCAAGCAUCCUGGGGUUUCUGGGGCAAUACAGAAUGGCUCGAGGCCAGGGUUCGAUCGAUACUGAUGGAUCAAGCUUGGCGAAUGUGGCUACAAAACCAAAGUGGCUAG